ACUCUUGGGGCUUGACCUUCCCUGUCAAAGUUGCUGCUGGGCGAUGGAGAAAAGGAGGGAAGGGGCAGCAGAGGCAGAGGAAGAGGAGGAAGAGGAGGAAGAGCACUGGGACUAGUCUCCCUGGCAUCCCACCUGCCAAGGCAGAGAGGAAGAGGAGGAGGAAGAAGAGGAGGAGAAGGAGGAGGAGAGGCCAGGGAAGGGGAGCCCUCCAUACACAGAGACAUAUCCACUCCCCCCCAAGAAGACUCAGGCUCCCUCUCCUUCUCUCCUUCUCCCAGCCCCAGCCCCAGCAUGACCGCCUGGGUUUUCACCUGGUAAAGAUGGCGGUGUGGGAUCGCUGCAACCUUUAGACUCAUGACUGUCAGAAACAUCGCCUCCAUUUGUAAUAUGGGCACCAAUGCCUCUGCUCUGGAAAAAGACAUUGGACCAGAGCAAUUUCCACUCAAUGAACACUACUUUGGACUGGUCAAUUUUGGGAACACCUGCUACUGUAACUCUGUCCUGCAAGCUCUAUAUUUUUGCCGGCCAUUUCGGGAAAAUGUUCUGGCAUACAAGGCCCAGCAGAAAAAGAAGGAAAACCUCCUGACUUGUCUAGCAGAUCUGUUCCAUAGUAUUGCUACCCAGAAGAAGAAAGUUGGGGUGAUUCCGCCCAAAAAAUUCAUCUCACGGUUACGAAAGGAGAAUGAUCUCUUUGACAACUACAUGCAGCAAGAUGCCCAUGAGUUUUUAAACUACUUACUCAACACAGUUGCUGACAUUCUGCAGGAGGAGAAGAAGCAGGAAAAGCAAAAUGGCAGACUGAGAAACGGCAGUGUGAAUGAAGCAGAAGAGAACAAUAAGCAAGAACUCACUUGGGUGCAUGAGAUUUUUCAGGGAACACUGACUAAUGAAACAAGAUGCUUGAACUGUGAAACUGUUAGUAGCAAAGAUGAAGAUUUUCUUGAUCUUUCUGUUGAUGUGGAACAGAACACAUCAAUUACUCACUGCUUAAGAGACUUCAGCAACACAGAAACAUUGUGUAGUGAACAGAAGUACUACUGUGAGACUUGCUGUAGCAAACAGGAGGCACAAAAAAGGAUGAGGGUCAAAAAGCUGCCAAUGAUCCUUGCAUUACACCUGAAGAGAUUUAAAUACAUGGAGCAGUUACACCGGUAUACCAAGCUUUCUUACCGUGUGGUAUUUCCUCUGGAGUUACGUCUCUUCAACACAUCUGGGGAUGCCAUCAACUUAGAUCGCAUGUAUGACCUGGUAGCUGUGGUUGUUCACUGUGGCAGUGGACCCAAUCGUGGACAUUAUAUUACCAUUGUAAAAAGUCAUGGCUUUUGGCUUUUGUUCGAUGAUGAUAUUGUAGAGAAAAUUGAUGCACAAGCUAUUGAAGAAUUCUAUGGUCUGACUUCGGAUAUAUCAAAAAAUUCAGAAUCUGGCUAUAUUUUAUUUUAUCAAUCAAGAGAGUGAUGGGGAGGAUUGACUUUUUUCCCACCCUAGAGGAGAAACUGACCAACACUGUUAACUGACUUCCAUGUAGACCCAUCCAAUACAGUCCCAUCUGAUCUCACCUCUAAGAUUGUUGACUGAUAUUCCCCAUCGACUGGAAUAUUCCCACCACCACAUUUUUUGCCUGAUUCUUAUUUAAUUGCAAGAACAGCAAAUUUAUACAGACUUAUGUUCAUCUGUUGAACCCUGCCGAACUGAGGUAGAACAUUGUAUAGAUGUUUUCAUCACCAUUAAGGACCAUUUGUUCAUAGUACAUAAAGAACCAUUCCUUUA